CGCCAGCUUUAGUACUCCGGAGUGUGCGAGCUGUCAAAUCGCUCAGUUGGAUUUUUUGCCAUCAAGCAUUUCGUGUCCACGCAGUAUUUCCAGCAAAUUUCUACAAAAUAUUGUUUGCUGAAAUUGAGGAACAAUGCCACGUUUCUUCGCGACAGGAAGUUCUGACUCAGAAUCUGAGUCCCUGAGUGAUGAUGAGCAGAUUCAACACAAGGCCGUCACUGCUCAAUUCUCUUUCAGCGACGAUGAGGAGGAGGUCAAGAGAGUGGUGCGAUCCACAAAGGAGAAGCGCUACGAGGAGUUGUCCAACAUCAUCAAGAACAUCAGGAAUUACCGGAAAAUCAAGGACAUGUCGAGCAUCUUGACGAGCUUCGAAGAUCUGACGCGGGCUUUCCUCAAGGCUCAGCCCAUCAUUGCCAAGGAGGAGAAUGGCGUGACGCCGCGCUUCAUCAUUCGCUCGCUGGCGGAACUGGAGACGUUCAUCAAUGAGAUGUGGGAGGAUCGCGAGGGCCGGAAGAAUCUGUCGAAGAACAACAGCAAGAGCCUCGGGACGCUGCGUCAAAAGUUCCGCAAGUACAUCAAGGACUUCGAGGAGGAUUUGACCAAGUUCCGCGAGGCGCCCGACAUGGAUGACGAGGAGGACGAGGAGAGAGCUGUGGAGGAGGAUGAAUCGUCGGAGGAUGAGGCGACGCCAGCCUCCAAGGCGGUGUCGUUCAGGAAGGAGCCAAGCGAGAAGCCCAGCAAGGCGCCACGCGAGGAGGAAUCCGAUGAGUCAACAGACUGGGGCUCGGACAGCGAGAGUGACUAUGAUUCCUCCGAGGAGGAGACGCAGUACGCCAACAUUCGCGAGCGGUAUCUGAAGAAGACGACGGAGAAGGAGGAGAAGGACGAGGACUAUGAGAAGAAGAAGAAGAAGGCCAAGGAGGGGAAGCUGAAGAAGCUGCGCGAGGACGAGGAUGACUCGAAUGUGUGGCGCACGGUGACAAAGGGACCGGCGACGUCCACGGAGAAGCCCAAAAUGUUCAGCAAGGACGAGGAGAUCGACGUGAGUUUGGUGCUGAGCAAACUGGUGGAGAUUAUGGCGGCGCGCGGAAAGAAGCGCACAGAUCGACGCAUGCAGAUUGAGCUGCUGUAUGAGCUGAUGGGCAUUGCGGAGGCGCACAAUUUGGGUCAGGCGAUCGCCGUGAAGAUUCGCUUCAACAUCAUCUCGGCUGUGUUUGAUUACAACCCGAAGAUCUCGGAGCCGAUGAAGCCGGAAUUGUGGUCGAAGUUGCUGGUGAUGAUGAAGGAGAUGCUGAACAUUCUGCUGACCACGAAGAACAUCACACUGUCGGAGUCUGUGAUGGAGGAGGGCGAGGAGUACGACACGGAGCCGUACAUGGUGUGUGGAUGCACGUUGACGGCGGCUGAGCGUCUGGACGAUGAGUUCACGAAGCUGCUGAAGGAGUGCGAUCCGUAUGGCAAUGAGUAUGUGGAGCGACUGAAGGAUGAGAUGACGGUGACGGACAUUAUUGAGCAAGUGCUGAAGUAUGUGGAGAGCAUGGGCAAUGAGACGGAGAUUUGCCGUGUGUAUUUGCGCAAAAUUGAGCACUUCUACUACAAAUUCGAUCCGAAUGUGCUGAAGAAGAAGAAGGGCGAACUUCCGGCUGACACAAUGACGUCCAUUGACGAGAUGGAGAGACUCUGUCGCUACAUCUAUGCCAAGGACAACACAGAUCGCCUCCGGACGCGCGCCAUUCUCUCUCACAUCUAUCAUCAUGCUCUGCAUGAUAACUGGUUCCAGGCGCGCGAUCUGGUGCUGAUGUCGCAUCUCCAGGAGACAAUUCAACACUCGGAUCCGCCCACGCAGAUCCUGUACAACAGAACCAUGGCCAAUCUGGGCUUGUGCGCCUUCCGCCAGGGCAACAUCAAGGACGCCCAUCAGUGUCUCGUGGAUCUGAUGAUGACGGGAAAGCCGCGUGAGCUGCUGGCGCAGGGAUUGCUGCCGCAGCGCCAGCAUGAGCGCAGUCUGGAGCAGGAGAAGGUGGAGAAGCAGCGCCAAAUGCCAUUCCAUAUGCAUGUGAAUCUGGAGCUCCUCGAGUGUGUGUAUCUCGUAUCUGCGAUGCUCCUGGAGAUUCCCUACAUGGCUGCCCAUGAGUUUGAUGCUCGUCGUCGCAUGAUCAGUAAAACCUUCUAUCAGCAGCUGAGAUCGUCUGAGCGUCAGUCACUCGUCGGUCCGCCUGAGUCGAUGCGAGAACACGUCGUGGCGGCGGCCAAGGCGAUGCGCUGUGGCAACUGGAAUGCCUGCGCCACGUUCAUUGUCAACAAGAAGAUGAACACGAAAGUGUGGGAUUUGUUCUACGAAGCAGAUCGCGUGCGCGAAAUGCUGACGAAGUUCAUCAAGGAGGAAUCGCUGCGCACUUAUCUCUUCACCUACUCCAACGUGUACUCGUCCAUUAGUAUUCCCAGUCUGGCGGCGAUGUUUGAGCUGUCCAAGCCGAAGGUGCACUCGCUCAUCAGCAAGAUGAUCAUCAAUGAGGAGCUGAUGGCGUCGCUGGACGAUCCGUCAGAGACUGUGGUGAUGCACAGAUCGGAGCCAAGUCGACUGCAGGCGCUGUCGAUGCAGCUGUCGGACAAGGUGACGAAUCUGGUGGAUGCCAAUGAGAGGAUAUUCGAGAUGAAGCAGGGCAACUUCUUCCAGAACAAGAACCAGGGCAUGAGAGAUCGUGGAAACUAUCGCAAUCAGGAUAAUCAGAAUCGCAACUGGAACAGCAAUCGCCGGGAUCGGGACAAUCGUGAGUAUCGUGAUCACGGGCGUGGCAACAGGAAUCGCCGUGAGCAGCGCGUUGAGGAGGACUGAUGAGGUGAUUUCUCGAGAGCAUUUCUCUGACCCCAAUCCAAAUUCUGCGACUCUUUGUCGUUGGUUUUUUGGGACUUUAUUGAGAAGAUUAACUUUUUUUUUUUGCUACAUUAGGAUUUUUUCAAUAUCUCUGCGCAUAAGAUUAUUCACUCUAAAAUAAAGGUUUUGACCCUUUGAAUGGUGUUAGUGUCGAAAAAUGAACUGCAAUGUUAACUGUUUUCACGUGAUAUCACGACUUUCACCUGCGAUGUGAAUGUUAGAUUCCCCACUUUCUUCACACCUCUUCAGCCCAGCGAGCA